CCAACCUUAAAGAAAUUCGGUGUGAAUAUUUUAGAAUGGAACAUUUUGGUCGGACACCCUUAUCAAAUAUUUACCUCGUGUCAUCCUCGACCGUCAGGAUGAUAAUGAGGCUUAAUUGUGCCACAAUUAUGUCAGUCCCCAGAUCGGGAGAUUAAACGGAUUCACCGCGGGCGCGUGGGUUUGAUAAAAGAAAGGGUUAUUCCUUCGGGGGAUUACAGUUGUACGGUUUCUCUUGGUUAGGCAUGGAUAAACUUCCGACGCGCAGUCCUGAGCUGAAGAUUGUGACACGGCUGAUGCAAUCCGUGGCACUGUGGCCCUACGACUACGACCGCCAUCUGCCGGGAUGGCUUCGAGGUCGCUAUCAUUUAUCAACCGUGCUGAACGUGCUGUACUACUUGCUUUGGCUGUUCAUCAAUCUGCACAUCUUGGUUCUGCACGUGAAAACCAUCCUUGACAGGUUGGACAGCUUCCAGGACUUGUUCUUGAUUUUGGUGACGACGUUUAUCUACUGCGUGAUGGUACCGGUUAGUUUGUACUGUCAGCUGUAUUACGAGAAGAACGUGGAGUUGAUUAAGAUGGCGAUGCUACUGUUCAGGAAGCGGUCAGCCGCUGGGAUUACGUACAUCAAGUUUGAACCUACCAGGCAGUUUGUGUUCAAAUUGUUCAAGAUGUGGAUGAUUGGCUGUAUGUUUGGAACGAUGCAUUGGGCAGUUUACCCGAUUCUUCAGAGGGAGAAGAUUCUACCGUUCCAGAUCUGGUACCCGUUUGACGUUCACCGCUCUCCACUGUACGAGCUGGCAUUCCUCGGGCAGGUCAUGGGUCAGUACCAGGUUGGGAUGGUGUUCGGCCUAGCUGGAUCGCUGUUGAUGAUGCACAUCUUUAUGGUUUGUGGCCAGUUUGAUAUUCUGUUCUGCAGUCUAGCCAAUGUCUACAACACCGCCAUGAUCAACAGUGGUGGCUACAAGUUGAAGCUCACAACCGCUCAAAUAAUGUACAAAUCGUCCGCACGUAGACCUAACCUGUACUACUUUAAUGAAGUUCAUGAAGAAAACCUCCCAGAUGCUCCGAGAACAAAAACCAAACAAAUUGCUCAGCUACCUCAGAAGCACAACUAUUUGCCAAAGCUGUCCAAUGAGUUGGCCACCGCGCUGGAUGACUGCAUCGAGCAUCAUUCGAUGUUGAUCAAAUUUUGCCAUAAAAUGGAAGAGUGUUACCACCCGUUUAUCAUGAUGAAAUUGGGACAGAUUGUUGUUCAACUUUGUCUUCUGGUUUACAUGACGACUUCGCAAGAUAACCUGACCCUGAUGAAGCUUAUGAACAUUUGCGAAUAUCUGAUGCUCACCAUGACGGAACUGUUUUUGCUUUGCUACCUGGGACAAACGAUGAAGGUUCAAAGCAUGAAGGUUGGUGACGCACUCAUGAUGAGUCCCUGGUACGAGUGUGGAGCAGCGUUUCGCAAGAGAACUCAGCUCAUCCUGAUCAAUUCGUUCCACCCCGUUAGGUUGACGGCCAUGAAACUGUACGAUCUGGACUUUGAAACGUAUUACAUGGUUCUCAAGGCAUCUUUUUCGUAUUACACGCUACUAAAGAAACUACAACAGUGACAAGUUUAGUUCUGGAACUGGAUGUCGCUUUACUAUCUGAAAUGGAGGC